CGACAAUAACAAUGUCCCUACGCACCGCGGCGCGACUUCUCCAGCGCAACGUGCCUCGUCUGGCCGCGAGGCCAGCGGCCUCAGCAGCGGUGGCAGCGGCUCGUCUGCCUCUGCGCACCGUUACCCGCCCGCUCGGGGCCACACGACACGCCUCGUCGACGCCAAAGGGCGACCCAGGCCUCGACCCGUCCAUUGCCGUGCGCGACCUCACCGACGCAGAGUACGCCGACCGCGCUGACGCCGACAUGGACCUGCUGCACGAGGCGAUCGAGGUGCUGGUCGAGGACUUUGGCGCGGCCAACUGGGAGGUGGAGUACAGUUCCGGCGUCAUGACCGUCACCCUGCCGCCCAUCGGCACGUACGUGAUCAACAAGCAGCCGCCAAACCACCAGAUCUGGGUCAGCUCGCCCGUGUCUGGCCCUCAGCGCUUCAGCUACGGCAAGGACGUCGAGGGGUGGGUGCACCACCGCAAGGCUGGCGUGUCGCUUGGCGCGCUGCUCGACGCCGAGUUCAAGGUCUUGUUGAAGGAGCAGCUCAAUGAGGAGGGGUGGGAGGGCACAGGACUCAAGUAGGAAGACGACACAGCAUGCAGCACCACUUUUUAUCAA